AUGAUAAACCAAUAUUUAAAAGAAUUGGAACAAGAUCCAUAUGAUCCUGAUGAGUUCGUCGAAAGAAUGGUACGCAGAAGUAUGCAAGAAUCCCAACUUAAAGAUGACGAAUUCGACCCCGAAAUGAUACAUGAUAUUUUUACUCAAGCGAUUCAAGAUUUGAAAGUCUUGCAAGAACGACAGGAAAGAAAAUGUUCUAGAUUAGAGCAAGCAGUUCAAGAAGAGGAAAAACAAUAUGGUGCUAAGCUUUCUGAAAUCAUGGAUCAACAUUCACAUUGUGUGACUGUAUUUAGUUCUCUGGAUGAACGAAUGUCUCGGUGUGGAGGAAGAGCUCUGGAGGUUGGAGAGAAACUUGGUGCUGCAAGAGCUCCGAGAGCUAGGGCAGCUGCUGCUCGAGAUUUGCUAUCGCAUCUUGCAAACUUUCUGAAUCCAGGGCCUGUCCUUACAGAUCUUUUUAAUGAUCCCAAUAAGUUAAGUGAAGCAGCAGAUGUCAUACAAAAAUUGUAUACAAUUGCCCAAGAACUACCUCCAGAUAAAUUUGAAGUAGCUAAAAAGAAGAUUGAAGCUAAAUAUGAUGAGAUAGAAAGGAAUCUUAUUGAGGAAUUUGUAAAGGCACAGAACCAGGGCAACUUAGUGAAGAUGAAGACUAUUGCUAAUAUUAUGACCAAUUUUAAGGGGUAUUCACAGUGUGUUGAUGCAUUUAUCGAAACAAGCCAAAUGAAUACCUUAUUGGGUAAAGACAUAUUCGCUGCUGUUUUACCACUGUGCAAGAAGAAUUACACAAUUAUAAGUAGUGUAUUCCCAAAUCCUGACCAAGUAAUGAGCAAAUUUGUUUUAAAUAUUUUUCACCUUAAACUACAAAAGUACAUACAAACAAAGCUCGCAGACAAGAACGAUUUUGAGAAAUAUCUAAGGAAUCUUUAUGACAUGUAUACCAGCACGCAGCGGGUGUGCGAGGAGCUGGUGGUGGCCGGCCUGGUGGCCGCCGACGGGAACACGUCCGCGGGCGAUUUGCGGCGCGAGGCGCUGGUGAGCGGCGCCAUGGCGGGUGCCACCGAGGGCUACUCCGCGCUGGAGACGCGCCGCCUGAAGGCGGUGCUGGCCAACGCACUCGGCGUCUACUACAGCGAGAAGCAGCACGUGAAGCGGCAGAUCCAGGGGGGCGGAUUCCAGGAGCUACGCCGCGACCUGCAAGCCGUUAUCGGCACCCGUGCCAACAUCAACAUCGCCCAGAUAGAGAACUACGGCGGGGAGACAUUCCUCAGCGAGAAGCUGGUCCAGAAGAUGCUGAACGACGCCAAGAUGUCGUUCUUGAGGUGUAAGACCCUCUGCACCAGCAACGAGCUGCCGUCGACCGCUGUGGUGCUGCUGGACGUGGUAAUACAGCAUCUACUGAUAGAGCACGUUGACUACGCUCUGGACUUAGGCCUACAGUCGAUACCGAUCGCCGAGAACAAGUCGCCGCCGCAAAUUUACUUCUUCGAAAUCGUCAACCAGACGAACAAAAUCGUCAAGAUGUUUGGGGAGCACUUCCAGGAAUCUGUAUUACCGUGCUUAAGUUCGACGUCGAAGCAAGCAGAGUGCGUGCAGAAGAAGACAGUGGUGAUGGAGCAGCUCGAGAACAAGCUGGACGCUGGCCUGGAGCGGGCCAUAGCGGCGGUGGUCGGCUGGGUCAAGCUGCACCUGCAGACGGAGCAGAAGAAGACGGACUUCAGGCCGGAAGGCGACAUCGACACGAUCGCGUCGCCCGCUUGUCUGACGGUCGUCUCCUACUUGAACACGGUCACUGACAAGAUUUACGCGAAUCUUGACGGCGACAACCUGAACGCCGUGUCCUUGGAGCUGGCGGUGCGCCUGCACAGGGUCAUCUACGAGCAUCUGCAGAACUUCCAGUUCAAUUCUGCAGGGGCGAUGGUGGCGAUCUGCGACGUGCGCGAGUACCGUUCGGCGCUGUGCGGGCGAGGCGCGCGCUCCGCCCCGCCGCCGGCGCACGCGCUCUUCGACGCGCUGCACGCGCUCUGCAACCUGCUGCUCGUGAAGCCGGAGAACCUGCACCAGGUCUGCGAAGGGGAGACCCUGGCCGAAUUGGACCAGUCAAUUCUACACAACUUCAUACAGCUUCGCUCCGACUACAAGAGUCAUAAGUUAUCCAACUUCCUCAAAGGACUGUCG